CCGGCCCCGCUGCCCCCUAGCGGCCGGCGCCGACCCGACAUAAACAAGCGGCGGCGGCGGCGGGUUCCCGGGGGCUGCGCAGGGAUGAUCAUCCCGGUCCGGUGCUUCACGUGCGGGAAAGUUGUGGGGAACAAGUGGGAGGCGUAUCUGGGGCUGCUGCAGGCGGAGUAUACGGAGGGGGACGCUCUGGACGCCCUGGGGCUGAAGCGAUAUUGCUGCCGGCGGAUGCUGCUCUCCCACGUGGAUCUGAUCGAGAAGCUGCUGAAUUAUGCCCCCCUGGAGAAAUAGCGCCCUCCAGUGGGGGGGGGGGGAGGAGGGAUGGGACCCCCCCCGCCAGGCAGGAGUCAUCUGUGCUCAAUUUAACAUGAUGCUUUAGUGUGUGGGGCCGGUGGGGGAAGCGUCCGCCCCAGGCCCAAUAAACCCCAGCAAGAUGCC